AUGACAUUCCCGGUCUUCAAAGGCAAGGUGACGACAGAGUCGCUGCUGCGAGAGAGGCAGGUGAUGUUCAUGGGCGUGAUCGCGGCGUGUGUGGACUUCAACCGUCUCGCCGAGUUCAUCAUUCUCGAAGUGCUCCAUCAAGGCGCGGAGUAUUCUCUCGAGGUCUAUGAUGUCACCCCCACGGAUCCCCUCCCUGGCUCCUCCACCCAGCUUGGUCCGCGCUUGUUGUACGGGGUGGGUGACUUGCCUCAAGGCGACCCCAUGCAAGUGGCCAAGCUCAUUCCACCUUCCAACGAAUCCAUGUUGCAGCCGCAUUGUCACAAGUCCGUGCAGCAGAUCAACCUGACUAACUCCUUACGCACCUACCAGCUGUGGUGCCGAUUUCAGGGCUCGGACAAGGCCCGCAACAUGACAGCUGUGUUCCUGGGGGUGAUCAUCCUCGUGGUGGCGGCACUGCUGGCUGCUAUCGGCGUGAGCGUGACCAUCAACACGCGGAGGCUGCGAGAGAAGACGACCGCAUUGGAGAUGCUCAAGGGAAGGGCGGAGGUGGCGGAGCGUAAUAAGGGUGUGUUAAUUGCCAACACGGCACAUGAGCUGCGCACCCCGAUCUAUGGCAUGGAAGGCAUGCUGAAGCAGCUGGACGAGGGGGGCCUGGACUUAGGGCAGAGGGAGGACGUGGGGGCAGCAGGGGAGGAGGCGGAGCGGAUCCUGAGGCUCGUCAACGCCGUGCUGGAUGUGUGCAAGGCAGAGGCAGGCUGCCUGCACCUGGAGAGCGUGCCCUUUGCCCUCCGCCCCUGGCUUCGUGACGUGCUGCACCCUCAUGUGCAGGCCGCUCAGGAGCGAGGCCUCGAACUGACAUGGUGUAUGGACGGCGAUGUGCCCAGUGUGCUGGUGGGGGACUGCUUUCGCCUGCAGCAAGUGGUGGACAGAAUAGUCGACAACACCAUCAAGUUUACGGCCAGCGGAGGCGUGUGUGUGCGGCUGCAGUGCCUUCCCCCCGACACCCACAUCCCCACCCACCUGCUCUCCCUCGGCUGCCUCCUCGCUCAACCCACACCUGGCUGCUCCUCGUCUGCCGUCGCUGCUGCUGCUGCUACUGGUGCUGCCACUGCUGGUGCUGCCACUGCUGGUGCGGCCACUGCUGAUGAUGCCAGAGCGGCUGUGCAUCAGAACGGAGUGGGAGAGCGGCUGUUUAGGAUGGCGUUUUGGGAGCAGAUGGGGCAGCGAGGGCUGGCGAGGGCGGUGACGGGCGCAUGCAAUAAACGGGUGUUCCAGAGAAGCUUGUCUGCGCAGUGCCUUCGGUGCUACUGGCGCAUGCCCCUUGUGCAGGAGGGGGGGUCGGAGCAGGAGGAGAGCGAGGAGAGGGGGGAGAGCAAGGAGAGGGAGGAGGGGAAGGAGAGGGAAAGUGUUCAGGAACAGAUCAGAGGGGCACCGGUGAUCCCUCUCCAGCACGGGGUGGAGAAUGGUGGAGAGCAUUUGUCGGUGGUAGGAGGCAGAAGCAGCGAGAGGGUGUGCAGUGAGUUGAGUGAAGGAAGGGGUGGUGCUGCAUCAUUGAGUCUUGAAGAUGAGUGUGGGCGUAGGGGAAAGGGGCCAUGUGAACAUGGAGCAGGAGUGCGUGGGGGGGACGUUGUGAGUGAAGCAAGGAGGACAGCACCAGGGGGGGGUGGUAUGGGUUGGUGGAGGGGAGCAGUGGGGUGGUGGUGGCAUGGUCAGGGAAGAGAGGAGGGAAGGGAGGCGGAGGGUGGAGUUGGCAAGCGGUGUAUGGUGCUGGUGGCAUGUGAGGACACGGGGUGUGGCAUCGCACAGGAGGAGCAGCACGACGUGUUUCAGGCGUUCAUGCAGACCCGUGCGCAUGGAGGCAACGGCAUGAGCCUGCACUUGUGCCGACAGCUGGUGUCGCUGAUGGGGGGCAGCAUAGGGCUAAUCAGCACAGAGGGUCACGGCACCACGCUGCACGUCGCUCUGGCCAUGCCUGUUGCUGCAGCCACUGCUGCUGUUGCUGUGUAUGGCAACUCUACUUCAGCCCGCACGAAUGUUCCUGGGCCGGCGACGACUUGUGCUACUUCUUCCUCUACUGCUGCAGCCGAUGACACAGCUGUGCCAAGGGUUGUGGAGAUGAAUAGUGUGAGGGAUUGUUUGAAGGAGCUGCUGCAGGGCAAGGCGAUUUUGCCCUUCUCCUUCCCCCCCCCAACUCCGCCCCUGCGUUCUCAUCCCCACUACACCCACCCUGCAUGCGCCUCGUGCCUAGCUGCACCAGGUGGUAGACGGCAACGCUAUCAACUGCAUGCCAUCUCUGCCCUCCAUGCUCAUCCCCUCUCUCACACCCGUCCGUGUACCCCAUGUGCUGUGCAGGUGGUGGACAACAACGCCAUCAGCCGGCGGGUGGCAUGUCAUUCCGUCCUUCCGUUCUCAUCCAAUUCGGGGCUCUAUUGGACCUACCCAUGUGCUAUGCAGAUGGUGGACGACAAAUCCAUCAACCGGCGACAAGAGCAUGGCAUCUCCAUGCCUCCGUUCUCAUCCCCUUUCAACCCCGCUGCAUGCCCUUGGCUCUGCCUGUGCAGGUGGUGGAUGACAACGCCAUGCACCCCUCCAUGUAUCCUCUCUAUCCAGCAGGUGGUGGACGACAACGUGAUCAACCGGCGGGUGGCAGCGAGCACGCUGGCGCAGUACGGGGCGGAGGUGGCGCUGGCAGAGUCGGGCGAGGCGGCGCUGCGCCUGCUGUAG